AUGCGAUCGUACCGGAGCCGGGACGUUGAAAAGGUCAGAGACAUUACACGACAGUAUGGGGUCACACACGGGGAGCCGCUGGACUGGGGGUGGGAGGCUGUGAAGCGACUAGGGAUUCAGGACUUGCAGCAACCCGACUGGGGGGACGCGCCACUGGCACAGAAUGGCGAGAGACUGGUCCGUGGUGAACAGGGCGACGAAGACGCCGAGGUGCCAGUGUUCUGGGGUUGCGGCGUGACGCCUCAGGAAGCGGUGAUGAACGCGAGCUUGAGCAGGAGAGUUAUCGCGCAUGCGCCGGGACAUAUGCUUGUCCUGGACGCGAGGGACGACGACAUCAAGAGGUAA